AUGGAACCCAUUAAGUCAGAGCUUCCCUUCCUCGACAUGGUGCCACGCGCCCCCCAAACAGGUCGGUCGCUGUUACGCCCAACCGGUUCCGAUGAGAUGCACGAUCUACUUUGUGUCGGUUUUGGUCCGGCCUCACUUGCCAUUGGUAUCGCCAUGAACGACGCCAUGGACCCUGCCCUCGGUGCCAAGUCAGCCUUCAAGCCCAAGGUCUGUUUCCUGGAGAAGCAGGACCAGUUCGCUUGGCACUCUGGCAUGCUGGUUCCCGGAUCGCGCAUGCAGAUCUCCUUCGUUAAGGAUCUCGCAACCCUCCGCGAUCCUCGCAGCAGCUUCACUUUCCUCAACUACCUGCACAACAAGAACCGUCUUAUUCACUUUACCAACUUGGGUACUUUCCUACCCGCUCGCGUGGAGUUCGAGGAUUAUAUGCGUUGGUGUGCGAAGCGAUUCGAGAAUGUCGUCAACUACGGCGAGGAAGUUGUCGAGGUCGUGCCCGGUCAAACGGAUGCUCGUGGUGUCGUGGAUUAUUUCACCGUUGUCUCGCGCAACACCGGUACUGGUGAAAUCACCUCGCGCAAUGCUCGCAAGGUCGUCAUUGCCAUUGGUGGUAAGGCCAAGAUGCCACCUGGAUUUCCCCAGGAUCCUCGCAUCAUGCACUCCUCCAAGUACUGCACCAACCUCCCGCAGAUGCUGAAUGACGAUCUGGCUCCUUAUAACAUUGCCGUCGUGGGAAGCGGCCAAAGUGCCGCAGAAAUCUACCACGAUCUGCACCGUCGCUACCCCAACUCGCGGACUACCCUGAUCCUUCGUGACUCUGCCCUUCGUCCCAGUGACGAUUCUCCCUUUGUCAACGAGAUCUUCAACCCCGAACGUAUCGACAAAUUCUACAACAUGACCGCCGACGAGCGCAAGAAGCGCAUCGCUACCGAAAAAGCAACCAACUACAGCGUCGUCCGUCUCGAGCUCAUCGAAGCCAUCUACAAUGAUAUGUACCUCCAGCGCGUCGAGAACCCCGACGAGACCCAAUGGCAGCAACGCAUCCUGCCCGAGACCAAGAUCGCCCGCAUUGAGCACCACAACUCCAACAACCGUAUGCGCAUCCACGUCAAGUCCGUGAAGAGCGAAACAGAAGGCAAAGAGGUGCUGGAUGUCGACGCUAUCAUGGUAGCAACGGGAUACAUGCGCGAUGCGCACGAGGAGAUGCUCGACAACAUCCGCUCGCUGCAGCCCGCGGGUGCCAACGGAUGGAACCCUGGUCGUGAUUACCGGGUUUCACUCGAUAGGGCUAAGGUUAGCGCCGAUGCGGGCAUUUGGCUACAGGGUUGCAAUGAGAAGACUCAUGGCUUGAGUGACUCUCUACUCUCUGUGCUGGCUGUGCGUGGUGGUGAGAUUGUGCAGUCCGUAUUUGCAGAUCAGUUGGCUGGCGCUUCGGUGCAGGACACCAGAGAGCGUGCUAUGCUUUGA